AGUCUUAAGAAAUGGCAAAGACUGUUUGUGAAAUUUUGUGAGGAUGAGAGAAAAUUACUGACAAGUUCAAAGCUUUUUUUUUUUUUUGAACAAGUUGUUGAGGGGCGGGUUUCCAUGAGAGAAGAGGAAUGCACCUCAACCUAGCUGGGUGUCAGUUGACUCGAACUUGCACUUUUGUUUAAAGCAAUGGGAACUCCAUUUGAGCGAGCAGAGGAGUUAAAGAGAAAAAGUGAGGAAGAACUGGAUGGAGCCUGUUGGGGCAAAAGCCUGCAACUGCUCACCCUACUCCAAGUCAUCCCCCAAUUGGUGGGUUUUAUGGCUGAGGCUUGCCAGAAUUACUGCCAAUCGACAGCUGCACUGGCUACUCAAGGACCUCCGUUCUCAACCAAAGAAGGUACACAAAUACAAUCGAAGGAAGCUGCUCAUGAUAAGGAGGCCUUGAGCUCAUCAUGGGCACCUCUGCUGGUGGAGCUGAUUUCAACUCUAAGAAUAAAAGGCCUUUUUUGAGGAGCCUGGAAUCUGUCAUGUUCAAAGCCUUUAGGAAAAGGAAGAACAAGAGUUCAAGGAAGAAUUAAAGAAGCUCGAAGAAGUUUUGAUGCCCUCUGUACCCACAAAUGGGUCUGGAUUCCACCCCUAUUCCACACAUGAUGUGCAUGUUUUCAAAAGUUCACAAGGACGGAACAUGCAAAUUAUUAGACAUGGAUAAUUUUCUUUAACUUGUGGGACCUUGAACUGUCAACGGGAAAUUUAGCAGGAUCCUCGAAUGUUUCCUGCAAUUGUGAGGUAGAAUUGCAGUCCAGCACUGCAUGUACUAUGCCAUUGACUACGGGUGCCAUGAAUUCUACUGCAGCUGGUGGAGGUAGUGAGUUAUUUCAGUAUUAAGUUUGUUGUGUCUUAAAUUUUUUUUUUCUUGGUUACAUCAUUACUGUCUUGCCAUGCACGGAGGAACUACUGCAGCUGUUGUUGGAUCCUCUGGUGUCCCACCACCCGGUACUUACCACACAAUGAAAAAUUUUAACUUUACCUCAAUCCCACUUCUACCUAAUUUCUUAUGGGACAUGUCACAUGGACGAUGCAAGUUUUAUGUUUAUGUUGGCUUAUUGUAGCCGUGGAUUAUGUUGGUGCUGCUAUUUAGGAUGAUAUGAGCUUAAUUACAUGAACACUAAUUACGUGGUUGUGUUGAAUGGGAUAUUUGAACUUGAUGUUAAUUAUAUAAACUACAUGGCACAACCACAUAAUUAGUGUGGUGGGACCACCAGAGGAUCCAGCGGCAGUAGUAAUUGGCAAGACAGUCAUGAUGAGGCUCUGUAGGAGAGACAAUGGGAUCAUAUAAAUACCAAGUUACUAACUCCAGGUAUAAGUGUAUAACAAAAAUAAUAGUAAUAAUAAUAAAGACAACAUAACUCACUACCUCCAUCAGUUGCAGUAGAAUUCAUGGCACUUGCAGUCAAUGGCGUAGUACAUGUAGUGCUGGACUGCAAUUCUACCACGCCAUGCACAGGUUAAUAAUAGUACUUGAGUGUUUUAUAAAGGUUUACGUUUACCUCAUCCCAGUUUUUAUGUAUUUUCUUAUGGGACUUGCAUGUCACAUUGAAUGAUGCACGUUUUAUGUUCAUGGCCGCUUAUUGUAGCUUUAGAUUAAGUAUGUUGGCGCAGCUAUUAUUUUGAAUGAUAUGAACUUUAAUUACAUGAACACUAAUUAGGUGGUUGUAUUGAAUGGGAUAUUUGAACCUGAUGUUAAUAAUAUAAACAAGGUGCA